UUUUUUUUUUUAAAUUUCUGUUCUUGUUUGCAUUGUGAAGAAAAUGCAUCUCUUGGGAAGACAACAUAUGUUCACUGCAAGGCAGGCCGAGGGCGUAGCACAACCAUUGUUCUCUGCUACCUGGUGGAGCACAGACAAAUGACUCCUGCUGUUGCAUAUGAACAUGUGAAAUCUAUCAGGCCAAGAGUACUUUUGGCCUCUUCGCAGUGGCAGGCUGUUCAAGACUACUAUCUUUACAAGGUGAAAAAAACUGGAAGCUCUGACUGCAAGACAGCCGGCAAAUCUCUAGCUCUCCCAGCAGAAAAGGAAACAACAGCCUUUGAUGAUAGCUCUGUAGUUAUUGUAACAGAAUUGGACCUUGAUGGAUAUGACGCUAGCAAGGACUCAGGUGUAUCAAGGAAUGAGAUGUUUGCAGAAGCGAGUCUAGGUUGCAGGGUUCAAUUUGCUAGUCAAGCAGCUAUUGCUAGACUUUCAUGCUGGUGGCUUCGGUGCCAUACUGACCAGGAAACAUCUAAAAAGAAGCUUAGAAACUCAGUGAGCACUGAUCAGUUGGGGAGUCUUGGCUUUGACAUCCGGGUUUAUUAAGAUGUCACUAUUUAUUUUGUUUUCAUUUUCAUUUUUGGUUUUUUGUUGAACAUAGGAGUGAACAUUGGUGAAUGUGCCCUUCGGUAGGCAUUUUCCUGAUUGUGUCGUGAGAUCUUGUGUUUCUUUCGGAAGGAAAGCUUUGCCUUACAUUAU